AUGCCGAAAAGAUUUAUGAACUUUCCUAACGAUGUGUCUAAUUUUAUACUCUUGAUGCUUCCGGUGAAAUCUUUGUUGCGAUUUAAAUGUGUCUCUAGAGCUUUUAACACAAUCUUAGAAUCCUCCACUUUUGUCAAUAUUCAUCUUAAUCGUACCAUAACGAUAAAAGAUGAAUUAAUCCUCCUUAAGCGAUCUUUUAAAGAAGAUUGCGAACAAUAUAAAACUAUAUUUUCUUUUCUUUCCGGUGAGAUUGAUGAUUAUCUUAACCCUGUUUUUCCAGAUCUUGAUGUGCCUUAUAUGACAGACACUAAUAGUAUAGUUUUUGAUCAACUCGUCGGUCCUUGCAAUGGUUUGAUUGCUUUAAUGGAUAGUCUUACAGUUGUCAUAUUUAAUCCGUCUACUAGACACUUUAGAUUUCUCCCUCCAAGCCCUUUCCGUUCUCCAAAGGGAGUCCAUCGAUAUGUAAAAUGUGUUGGGUUUGGCUUCGACUCUGUUGUUAAUGACUACAAAGUUGUUAGAAUAUGUGAGUUACUCAAGGAUGAUUGUUAUGGAUAUAUUCAGGUGGAAAAGGAAAAUGUUGAGAUUUAUGAAUUGGGUAUUGAUUGUUGGAGAGAAUUGGAUUGGGUAGAUCAACAGUUCCCCAUCUUAAAUUGGCUGCCUUGUUCUCAGAUAUUUUACAAUGGAACUUGUCAUUGGAUUGCCCACACAGUAAUUCUUUGUUUUGAUGUGAGCGGCGAGCUAUUUCGCACAAUGGAAAUGCCUAAUACUCGUCAUAAUUAUGUCAAUGGACCGAAUUAUAGCCUCGUCAUCCAAAAUGAAUCUCUAACUUUCAUAUGUUACCCCUCUGUACUGCCAGCGAACGAUCCACUAGAAGAUUUGACUGAAAUUUGGAUAAUGAAAUAUUAUAAUGUGCAUGACUCUUGGAUUAAGAAGUAUACGAUUAGAGGUCUUUCUAUUGAAAUCCCAUUAGCAUUGUGGAAAACACAUUUGUUCCUUUUUCAACGAAAAAAUGGAUGUUUGAUGUUCUAUGAUCUUAAUUCAGAGGAAGUCAAAGGACUCAAUAUACAUGGUUGCCCCAAUAGUAUGAGAGUUGCAGUUUACAAGGAGAACUUGACUGCAAUUCCAAGAGGAAACAAGACUACUAGCACACAACUUCAGAAAUUCUAG